CUAUGCCGGUGUCAGUAACCCGUACAACCAUCACAACCACAACGACUUCAUCUUCCACCACGGUGGGGUCCCCUCGGGCACUGACCCAGCCCCUGGGCCUCCUCCGCCUCCUGCAGCUAACAUGCACCUGUGUGGCUUUCUCGCUGGUGGCCAGUGUGGGUGCUUGGACAGGGCCCAUGGGUAACUGGUCCAUGUUCACCUGGUGUUUCUGUUUUGCUGUGACCCUGGUCAUCCUGAUUGUGGAAUUAGGUGGACUUCAGACCCACUUUCCCCUGUCAUGGCGGAAUUUCCCCAUCACCUAUGCCUGCUACGCGGCCCUCUUCUGCCUGUCGUCUUCCAUCAUCUACCCCACCACCUACGUGCAGUUCAUGUCUCACGGACGUACGCGGGACCACGCCAUCGCCGCCACCACCUUCUCCUGCAUCGCCUGUUUGGCUUAUGCCACAGAAGUGGCCUGGACUCGUGCAAGGCCCGGUGAGAUCACUGGCUACAUGGCUACCGUGCCGGGGCUGCUCAAGGUUUUUGAGACCUUCGUAGCUUGUAUCAUCUUUGCCUUCAUCAGCGAGCCGUCCCUGUACCAGCACAAGCCGGCCCUGGAGUGGUGUGUGGCAGUCUACGCCAUCUGCUUCAUACUGGCGGCGGUGACCAUCCUGCUCAACCUGGGGGACUGCACCAACAUGUUGCCCAUCCCUUUCCCCACCUUCCUGUCAGGGCUGGCCUUACUGUCUGUCCUCUUCUAUGCCACUGCCAUUGUCCUCUGGCCCCUCUACCAAUUUGAUCAGAGGUACAAUGGGCAGCCCCGGCGGUCCAUGGAUUCAAGCUGUGCUUACACACACCCCCACUCGGUGUGCUUCUGGGACCGCCGGCUGGCGGUGGCCAUUCUGACAGGCGUCAACCUGCUGGCCUAUGUGUCUGAUCUGGUGUACUCCACCCGGCUGGUGUUUGUCAAGGUCUAAGGUUACCAAGGGGCUCCCUCAACAUCUGUCCCUGCAGCCUCUUCACCUGAUUACCUGA